UGGCUGCCAGAGCGGUGGAGCACAACCAUCUCCUCCCUGAGGCCUCCACUAGAAGUCAGGCUGGCCCUGCUAGCUCAGGUGGAGGAUGGUCAUUAGACCUCUCAGGACAGUUGGGGGAAGCUCUGCUGCCUUGAGGUGGAGUGGUCCCUAGACCUCCAGGCUGGGACAAGGACCGCCACCGCCAUGGUGAAGCUGGGCUGCAGCUUCUCUGGGAAGUCAGGCAAGGAAAUGGGAGGCCACGAAGGGGCUGCCAUGGACAGUGUCCCUCUGAUCAGCCCCCUAGAUGUCAGCCAGCUUCAGCCCUCAUUCUCUGACCAGGUGCUCAUCAAAACACAGACAGAAUAUCAGCUUUCCUCCUCAGACCAGACAAAGAAGUUUGCAGACUUGGAGGGUCAAAGGCUGGCCUGUGGCCACCCAGAAGAAGGACGCAAAGUGCCGACUGCAAGGAUGAUCGCCUUUGUCAUGGCUCUCAUGGGCUGUGUGCUGAUCAUGUACAAGGCCAUUUGGUAUGACCAGUUCUCCUGCCCUGAUGGCUUCCUGCUUCGGCACAAGAUCUGCACCCCGUUGACCCUGGAGAUGUACUACACGGAGAUGGACCCCGAGCGCCACCGCAGCAUCCUGGCAGCCAUCGGCGCCUACCCGAUGAACCGCAAGCAUGGCACCGAGAUGCCCGCUGUCUGGGGGAACAACUACCGGGCCUCCAAGGAGGAGCAUAAGGGCCCCACCCCAGCGGCAGUGGUUGUGUCCACUGCAGCUGCAACGGCAGCAGCGGGCCCAGAGCCAUCAGGGAAGCCUUUGACCAUAAGAGAGAAAGAAGACCCACAAAAGGCGGAGGGCGUGCCGUCCCAGCCCCCCCAGUGACUGUCGUCCCGACCCCCUCACACACACACACUCCCGCCACUGACUGGGCGUCCCCCACCAGCUUCUUUGAUCUGCGCACCUCCUGAAGCUUCUCCACCCAGUGAUUGUGCUCCUGCCCCAAAGCACCCCGCUGAAGCCCCUGCCCCUGGUGAGCCUCUGACUCUGUUGCUUUUCUGUAAGUAAAGAUUCACAUCUACCUGA